AUGGGAUGUGUACACUCAUCAAAAAGGGGAGAAGUUUACAAAGAGGAUAACAAAAAAUACCUUACAGCAGCCUUAUCACAAUUAAAUCAAAAUGAUCUAACAUGUAAAGAGAAACGGAUUGUUAAAGAAACUUGGACAUACAUGACAAAGGAUCUUGCUGAAAAUGGACUUCAAGUGUUCCUUAGAAUAUUUGAACUCUGUCCAGAUGUGAAGAAAUUGUUUCAUGUUGAAGACGUAAGACAUUCAGAACUCUCAAAGAACAAACAAAUUAGAGCACACGGACAAAGAUUUAUACUUGCAAUAGGUGCUGCAGUUCAUUGCUUGAAUGAUGAAGAAACAGACAAAGAUGAGCUUAAUAAGAUAUUACUUGUUCUUGGACAGCAGCAUAAACAUUUUUCUGGAUUCCUUCCGGAAUAUUUUGAAGUAUUUUACGAAGCGCUUAUGUGGCGCUGGGAAAUAUGUAUGGGAGAAAAGUUUACAAAGGAAGUCUCAAACACAUGGAGUCACGUUUUCUUCUACAUGAUGGAAAAACUAAAGGAAGGACACAACUCACCUAGUUAA